GGAGAUCUCACUGAGAGAGCGAGAGAAGAAAGGGUGCUCCCUGCUCCCAAGAGGAUGAGCCACCCAUGUAUGAAAAGUCUGCUGUUCCUCUUGUCCACCUUGUGCCUCUGCUCCAGCCAUUCCCCAGUUCCUCCACUGCGUUUCUCGGCGUUCCUCGACCCCACACACCAGAUCUACCUGCGGUGGGACCAUGAAGACAGUAGCAGCUUGAUGACUUUUGAGCUGGAAGCCAAGACAACGGGAUGGGUGGCUUUUGGCUUCACUGUUCACGGAGAGAUGACCGGGGCAGACUUUGUGAUUGGCGGGGUCCUUCCUGACGGCAACGUCUAUUUCUCAGACUGGCAUGGUGUAGAUGAAGAAACUGUCUUGGAGGACGAAAGCCAAGACUAUGAGCUGCUGUCCUUGACCCAGGAUGAGACAACCACAACCAUGGCAUUCAGGCGAUAUUUUCGUACCUGCGAUGAGCAUGACCUGGACAUCACGGGUGACACACUACGACUGAUUACUGGCUAUGGUACGGAUGACACAAUUGACUUCUUCAAAGGGAGAAUAAUCCACAAAUCUCUUUUCUUGAUGCUCCUGUCAACUGAAGAUGAAUUGCACUCACCCAGUGUCUACAAGGUGUAUGACCUGAAGCUCAACGAUUUCCCUAUCCCAGAGGAUGACACCACCUAUGCCUGCACUUUCAUACCGUUGCCAAUAGUCAAGGAAAAACAUCACAUCUACAAGUUUGAAGCCAUGAUCACACCUCGAAACGAAACCAUGGUGCACCACAUCCUGGUUUAUGCGUGCGGCAAUGCCAGCGUGCUGCCGACUGGGGUCAGCGACUGCUACGGAGCUGAUCCUGAUUUUGCCCUCUGCUCCCAGAUAGUCGUGGGCUGGGCUGUAGGAGGAGGGAGCUACAUGUUCCCAGAUGAAACUGGAAUCUCCUUAGGUACACCAAUUGAUCCCCAGUGGAUCCGGUUAGAAGUCCACUACAGCAAUUUUAAUGGAAUUCCAGGCCUGAUUGACAACUCGGGGAUACGACUCUAUUACACUACGGAGCUGCGUCCUUAUGACAUGGGGGUUCUACAGACAGGAUUCUUCACAUUUCCAAUCCAUUUCCUCCCCCCUGGAGCCGAGUCCUUCAUGUCCUACGGUGUCUGCAAUACCAGUCAGUUUGAUGAUAUGAAUGGAGUUCCAGUGCCUGAUAUGCAUGUCUUUGGUUACUUGCUGCAUACCCACUUGGCUGGGUUGGGAGUGAGAGGAGUCCAGUACCGGAAUGGAGAGCAGCUGACGGUCAUUUGUGAAGACAACAAGUACGAUUUCAAUCUCCAGGAGACCAGAGGCAUGAAGGAGGAGGUCAUUUUCAAAUCAGGAGAUGAGUUCCUGGUGGAAUGUCACUAUCAAACCAAAGACCGGACAGGACUGACCUUCGGCGGUCCAAGUACUCUGAACGAAAUGUGCCUGGCCUUCCUCUUCUACUAUCCUCGAAACAACAUCUCCAGCUGCAUGGGAUACCCAGACAUUCAGCAGGUGGCCCAUGAGCUGGGCCAAGAGGCAGCAGAUGCAAUGGAAGGAAUGAUGGCUAUAAACUUGGUGGAAUGGGACCAAGAGACCAUCAAGAAAGCAGAGAAGGUUUGCAAGGAGGCCAAUCAGAUUGUGGUCAUCAAAACAAUUGAUGAGGUGGUGAGAAAUGAGACUGGCUUUGUCCGAGACAUUGUUGACCUUGAACCAGAGCCCUGCAAGGACAUUUCCAGAUCCCCGCCUGCACCUCCGCUAGAAAGGAAAGCCAAGCACCAGGCGACUCCUCCCACGGUGACCUCCAAGGCUCUCAACCCAACGGGCAACUUUCCUUUUGCUGGCCUGUUCUUCAUCCCUCUGGCGUUCACUUGGCUUCUCGCCCCUUCUCAGAGCAGACUCUGAACGUCCAUUGCCAAUGAAUAGUUACUGGCGGUCGUUCACGUGCUAAAGCUUCUCAAACUGCUCUUACUCUAGUUCUUUUCUUAAAUCUCAGUGGGCACCUGUCUCCGGAUAAUCCUUUGGUACUGUGUGAAUGAAGUGCAAAGCUGGAGCAAGUCACUCAGGGCUGGAGAGAAACCCAAACAGGUCGCCUUGAAAUUCAAGAUGGCCAAUUGUGGGUGCUGCUGGUGGUUGUUUUUUAAUCACUUUGAAUGCACACUAACCUGCUAACAGGAACAGCGCAUAGCUCCCCCUCUGUAGAGACAGACCUUCCAAGUCUCCCUAUUUUCCCGGGACAGUCCCGGAUUUACAGAAGCCGUCCCAUUUCUGACUUGAUCCGCUUUUCCUUAGGAUGUCCCUAUUUUCAUUGGAGAAACGUUGAAGGGUAUGUAGAGAUACAGCAGCUCCAAUUCCCCAGAUAAACCAUGGGGCAAGGAAGGGAGAAGAAGGGUCCUGAAGUUCCUGUAGU